CAAACUUAAUUAUGCAAAUUAGUUUUUAGUAGGUGUGUUAAGCGCUUUCUCUUUUACAUUUGACUUUUUUCUCAAUUUCGUUAGCAGUUUCGUUGCGUUGUUUUACUGCUAUUUUCUAAGCACAAACACUGUGUCAAAACAAAGGUGACGAUUAUGAUCAUACACAUCUUUACACCUAUGAUCAAAUAUAAUAAAUACGAUCUUUUCUCAAAUUUUGACUACUUUUUUAUUAUUCCAAUUUACAUACUUUUUUAAUAUAGUUUCAAACUUUAUAAAAAUUCGAUAAAUUUUCAUGAAAAUCUCAAACUUUUUAAACACAGUUAAAAAAAAAAGGUGUGCAUUCGUCACAUAGAGAAAAUGCGCAAGAUCGGCAUGGGGAAAAAUGCUCAAAAAUCAAGUGGAAUUUUGAGCGGCAUCAGGCUUGCUCUUUAUAAUACUGAAAUAAAAUUUAAAAAAUUAAAAGUCGAUCGCGAAAAGCAACUUGUUGUUUUGGACGAACUCUUGGAAGAUAUCUCCGUGGAUGAGUUGCAAGAAACACUGCCAGGGCAUCAGCCUCGUUACGUCAUUUACACAUACAAAAUGAUUCACGAUGACCAAAGAAUUUCAUAUCCGAUGUGUUUUAUAUUCUACACUCCGCGCGACAGUCAGAUUGAACUGCAAAUGAUGUAUGCUUGUACCAAAAGUGCCCUCCAACGCGAGGUAGAUUUGACGCGUGUCUAUGAAAUACGUGAAUUAGAUGAACUUACUGAGGAAUGGCUCAGGGAAAAACUCAAGUAAACACAUCCAAAACAAUUGACAAGAUUUCCAAUUGAUAAGCAAUAUUGUGUAUAUGUUCGUUGGGUCGAUAGCGUGCAUGGAACUACCAAAUUACCAACGAUUUUACACCAAAUAUGUGUAAAAAAUUAGUGCAGAAUAUAAUUCAAGUAUAUAUUAUUAAUAGCAGGGAAACCACCCAAAAAUAUAAUCAUAAGAUUUGUUUAUUUUGAAAUCCUACCGUGAAAAGACCAAAUUGUCAAAUACUUAAAAAUAUUCCAUGACAAAAGUGAAGUAUUUCAUUCCCACAUUUUUUUAUAUACAUUAAAGUAGUUUUAUAGCUCAAGAGUUGCGUUUGCGUAGAAUUUGUAGUAGAUUAAUAAUAAAAGAGAAAACAAUAUUACAUUUUACAUAACAAAAGAAGCUGUGCUUGCCAAAUUUAAUUUUAUUUACUUUGUAAUGCUUCGUAUUUUUUAAUUAGAUUUUUAAAUAUAUUGUACGAGAAUAUUGUACGUGGAUUUUUAAAG